AGAAAAGUUUUGCAUCCAGAGAGGAGUCUCUGAUGGAAAUGGACAGUCUAAGGGAAAUACUAGAACAGCAUCCUCUUCAUUUUUCUUUCCAUGAUGGGAAAGUUCUGAAGCUCUGUCCUGUGAGGAGUGAACAGACCUGGGCACUGAACAUCAAGCGAGGCAUUCUCAGUGUCCUGCAGACAGCGCCAGAAUUCUCUGCUGGUGCUGUUGUUGAGGAGGUGGAUGUCCUGGGAAUAUGCCCAACCAGGUAUCAGCGAAAGGGUCCCAUUCUUGUAAAGACAAGGGACUUGAACCUCUGCUCCCAUCGCUCUUCUGGUUUGACUUCUCUGCAGUCUGUUGUUCUUCCUCACGUGUCAUCUGAACAGCAGAUUCUGUCCUCCCAGCUGGAAUGUGUCCAGAGCAUUAGGAAUGGGGUCCUGGAGGAGGCCAAAUGUACCGAGUCCGACCGUGUGACGCUGUUCCCUCAGCAGGGCAGCGGGGCACAGACACAGACACGAUCUGCACUCAGACUCUUGCAAGUGGAAACUGAGACACUCUACAAUAAAUGGGACUCUGAGGAUCUGUAUGUGACCAACAUUCUCUAUGAAAGGGAGGUAACUAAGAGGGGGGUCACUGGAGCAGAAGUGACUGAACUGGUGUGGAAGCUUUGCUUAGCACACAGUGCAAGUUAUGAGACUGCAGACCUUUUCAUGACUCUUGUGUUUGAGCUUCGACACCUUUCUCUUGAGGCCUUAAGAGCACUGUGGCAAAGAUCAUCAUUUAAGUGCAGAGACAAUUGGCAACCAUUAAUAGAUGCUCUCCCAUCUUGUGCCACAGAGGCAUGUGUUGUCCUAAUGAAAGACCUCAUAGCUUCUGGAGAAGUUGAGGAAGACAAAGUAGAAUAUUUCUUCUGGUCAUUUACAUUCAUUCCUAAUCCCACCUUGGGCAUGAUUGAAUCUCUUGCUCCUUUGCUGAAGUCACCUAGAGCAAGCCAGAGCUGCUUCUUGGGAGUAACUGCUCUCAUACAUAGGUUUUGUUCAGCUCACAGCUCCUGUGGUGUUGUACCUGCUGUGCAGGGUGUGAUGAGGACACUUGAGAAAUUUUUGGGAGGAGACUGUACCGUGCAAGAUUCAGAACAUCUCACCAAGAUGCAGCUGGUGUUGAAAGCCAUUGGAAAUGCGGGACUGGCAGCGGCUUCACUGGCUCCUGCUUUGAGCUCGUGCGCUGCCCUGAAGAGCCAUCCCAUGGAAAUCCGCCUUGCUGCUGUCCAGGCCUUCCGGCGCAUUCCCUGCUCUGGCGGGAAUGCUAUAUUAGUUCAGCUGUAUCAAGCAACCAGCGAAGAUGUGGAAAUAAGAAUUGCUGCUUAUUAUAUAGCAAUGAAAUGUCCACAUGGAGAGUUAUUUAAACAAGUACAAAAAACUUUGCUGAAAGAAACCUCCAGUCAAGUGGGCUCCUUUGUUUGGAGUCAUCUCUCUCAGCUCUUGGAGACAGAUGACCCAUUGAAGGAGCACCUUCGAGAUUCUAUUCCUGAUGAAAUCCUUAGCAAAGAUUUUGACUGGGAGAAAUGGAAAUACUCCUCAUACUCUGAUGUCACGUUUCAUUCAGCUGGUGCAGGUGCAAAUAUGGAAGCAUCAGUGGUCUUUUCUCCUACAUCUUUUUUACCACGAUCAGUCAUGACAAAUUUGACUGUUCACUUCAUGGGACAGGCUAUAAAUCUCCUGGAGGUUGGUGUACGAUUGGAGAAUGCUGAAACUCUCAUAGAGAAGGGUUUUGGGCCGAAAUCUUCUACUUUCAGUGACUACUUUUUUGGAAACACUGAUGAAGCAAGCCACAAGUCAGAAACUCCAGUGGAAAGAGCAGAGGAAGUCAAGCAGAGGAACCCGACUUUGAAGCGAUAUAGCCCCUCUGAUCAUCUUUUCACUGAGAGAACAGUAAGAAAGGAGGCACUGAAAUGUGAGCUAAGCAUGAAAAUCUUUGGAAAUGAACUUAGCUUCUUAGAUUGUGAAGAUUUAAGAAAACAAAUGAAACAUUAUUCCUUAAAUCUGGCUGAGCUGGCCGUCAAACUUCUGAAGGGACAGGAGGUCCAGUUUAAUAAAAGGAUGAGCUUGGCCACUGAAGAACUGCAGUUUCCAGCAAUUUCAGGCUUUCCUGUUCAACUGGCAGUCAAUGCCUCAGCAGUAAUCAACAUAAAAAUCAAAGGGAAUGCCAAUUUCAAACAGCAGUCUGAUUUCUUUCUAAAUGGAUAUAUCAAGCCAAGUGCAUUUGUUCAGCUUUCUGUCCAAAUGGGAAUUGUGGGGUCUCUGGGACAAGCUGGCCUAAAGUGGUUAACAGGAAUGAGGACGUCUACUAGUCUUGAUGGUGGAAUCCAGGUGAAGAAAGGGAAAGAGCUCAAAGUUUUCUUGAACACUCCAGAAGAAUCUAUGGAGAUAAUUAAUUUCAGCUCUAAACUCCACUUCAGAAUGGUGGAUGAGACAGAAGAUAGAGAUGUCUUCCAAGACCACACAGAAACCAGAUCUUGCACUAGGGAAGAAGUAUCUGAGAUUAUUGGCUGGCAGCUGUGUUCUGAAAUGUCCUAUCCUGACCCAGCCAGUAGUUUGGUUUUGCCCCUCACUGGACCUUUGAGACUGGCUGUGACAUUAACUAAACAAGACAGAGGCCUGCAGCAGUACGUGGUGGAAGCUGCCUAUAACUACAUAGCUCAGGAGAAUUCAUGGAUUCCUAGUGAAGCUGUCUUUCACUUCUUCCUUGGGACUCCAAAGUCAGACUUGAAAAGAGAUGUUGGUGUUGACCUUAGUUUUAGUGUCCCACAGAAGAAAUUCAGAAUCCAAUUUAUACAACCUAAGAAAAAAAUUGAGAUUGAUGGGAGGAUUGAGUUUUCUAAAAAUUCCCGUGUUGGACACCUGGAGCUGAUAGUGGAUGACCAAGAUGUGUAUUACAUUAAGGGAAUGGCAGAUUUGCAGAUGCUGAGUGGAGAGCAGAGAUACAUGACCCAGCUGGAGGUAAAGCUGAUAAAGCAAAGCAGUCCUAUCAUUUUGUCAGGAAACAUCACUAAACAGCUUGGCAAGAAGAUAGCUUUUUCAGUAUCUUUGAAUAAUUUGUUGAAGGAUGCUGCAUUUCUUUCAGCACUUCUGGAGAAAAAGGCUGAUGAUAAGCUGAGACAAUACUCGUUGGAAGGGGAAACCCACCUUCCAGGUGUUCUUGGAGUUCACGCCAUCGCUCUUCUCCAGCAGCGUGAAGGAUUGUGGUCUCAUGGUCUGCAGAUAAAAUAUGGACUCCUAGGAGAGGCAAAAGCCCCUUGCCACGAGUGCAGUACGCAGCAGAAAGUUCAAGUAGAGAUGGGUGCACGGGGCUUCUACAGACUGGAGCUGGGCCAUGAGUUUCACUGUGUGCAGGCUCCCACCUACAGCCACCAGGUUCACCUGAAACAUGAAGUAACUGCAUCUUGGAUUUCCUCCCAGAUGGAAGUGAGUUAUGGGAAACACUGGGAUGAAAUAAACAACAAGAAGAAACUGCUGAUCAGCCAAGCCUUUAAGAACAGUUCCAGUUCAUCUGUAGUCAGCUAUUUCAUGGAGUUUACCAUGCAAGUCCUGGAAAAACAAGUGAAUUAUAGAACCCAGCUGCAGCACUUGCACACCUCUCUGGUGUAUUUGCAGAGCAGCACCAACUUUGAGGUGCAGUAUAAUGACCAGGUACCAUUUGCAGCUGGGCUGCAGUGGAAGGAUGCAUCCAGAAAUGGCCUGAAGAAGUGGGAAGGUGGGUUCAAUAUAGACACCCCAUGGCUCCAUCUGUACACAGCUCACAAACUGCACCAGCCUCAGCAUUCUACUUAUUUACUGACAUCCCAGCUGACAGCUGGAAAAGCCCUCUCCAUUAAAGACCUUGUACUGGAACUAUUCUAUAAAGAUCAAGGCAAUGAGAAGGAAGGAAAAGUUCACAUUUACACACCAGCUACCACAUACCUGCAGGCAUCCACAGUUAAUCAUCUUGGGAGGAAUGUUCUGCAUAGCUACAGUGAAAUGAUCUCUCUGUGGAAUCAGCUUGUGAAGAAUGAGAUUCAUUUGGAGAAUAAUGAACGAGCCAAACUUCUCUGCUUUAAGAUAAAGAGUACAAAACAGGAAUUUAACUUCACAGCCAGCUAUCAAAAUCUGCCAACGUGUGAAGGUCAGAUAAAAGAGCUAAGGAAGGAGAAGAUGCUGUAUCAAAAACGUGCAACCCUCCAUUUCAGGCAUCCUUUUAAAGUACCUUUUCUGCAGAGCUUUCUUCUGCAGGAGACAUUUACUGUUGACAAAAAGCAAAAGCACUAUUUAAUGGAAACAAAAGUUUUGAUAAAUGGGGUGGAGGAAACAGUGCAGACUCUUAUACUUGGUUACCAACCUGAAAACCCCUAUAUUUGUGCUGGCUUAACUCAUCCUUAUAACUACAGGACGUUUCCCAAAGAUGUUGAAAUGUGCAUUUUAACUCUAAGCCAUCAAAAUGUGAAGCAUGAGCUUGAGACUGUCUUAAAGGUGAAUAAGGAAGAUGUUCUCAGUUUUCUAGGGAGGUAUCAGGACAAAUCCAGUGAGGCAGAUUUUAGACAUCUUUUACACAUGGAUGUGACACACUCGUUCCAGCUUGAGUUUCCACAAGCAAUGAGCCUAAGUGGGGAGCUGUUCUCCAGGCAGACUAAACUGGAACACUUUGACUGUGGUAUGAGUGUAAAAGUCAUCAUUAACAAGAACAUGUCUUCACAGUUCUCUCUGCAGGCCCAGGCAGCCCUGAAGAGUUAUGGUGAAAACAAUGUCAAUGGCUCCCUUCACCUUCAUUCCAAUGGAAAGGAAGUGCUGAUGCUGGAGGUCGAUACGAACAAUGAAAAGAGGAGGAAUGCCAGAAUUGUUGAACUGAGAGCUUUUCUCCAUCAGACUGUCCUGACAAAUCCAGAAUCAGUACAGUUCCAGCUCAUGGGCAAAAUAUUUCCAUCAAGACUUCUGUUGUCUUCUGACUUGAAGCUUAAUGAAAAUAGGCUUCACAUGGAUUUCAUGGGAGCCAGGGAGCAGAAAGUUGGUAACAUCAAUGUGAUGGUCAACAAAAGACUGUUUGGACUGCAUGUCAGGAACAGGAAUGUGUUUGGGAAUACCACUGUGCACAAUAUCACUGUUGCCAUUGUUCAGAAUGGCAGUCAGGCAAUCCCAGGGGAGGCAAGACUGAAAGGACACCUGGAACUGAGUAAAGAGAAGAAGAGGGGGCUAGCUAGCUUCCAGGUGGAUGAGAAGGCUCUUUCUGUAGAUUUUUUCAAUAUCAUGGAUAAUGGGCACGGCAGAGUCAGUGGGACUUUCACACAUAAUGUCGACUUUUUAAAAAAUGCAGGGUUGCCUUUGGAUGGCAUUCUUACUGCUGCAUGUGAGCAUGGCACAGGAAAUCACACCAUUGCCAUAGUCCUGCAGAGUGGCAGUGAAAGGAUUGUUGCUGUGUUUGAGAGGCACAGACUGGCCACAGAGCCUCCAGCAUCCCAGCUAUCUGUGAGCUUAAAGCACAACAUCUCAAAGAUAAAGAAACAUGGGAUCCCUUUUGUUUUAGAAGCUGCUGGCUAUUAUGAGAAUUUCUCCAGAAAGAUUGCUACAGGGAUAACAACCACAGUGGAGACAGAGCAGCUCAAGAUGGAAAUAGAGAAGAAAACCACUGGCACUGCUAUGGAAGUUUCUCUUUCACUUCACCAUGAUGUGGGAGGACUGAUGGACAUUGUUCCACAUGUACUAGAGACUCCAGCAAGAGUUUCACUGAAUGGGUCAAUAUUUACCAGCAACUUCACUGUCAUCCUCUUUGGACAUGUUUCUUUUCAUGAUAUAUUUGCCUGCCUGCAACUCUAUGCCACCAGUAACACCCAUCCUCAUUUAGAAAUCGACUUCCAGCAUUCUUUGCCUUUAUUUCAUUCUCUGGGAAUUGCCAGAGAGAACCAACUGAAGGUGGCAGCCAUGAGAAGUGACAAGUACAAGGGCAUCCUUGGUAUUGUCCUUGGGCCUUGCACUUUGGAGGCUGAUGGGGAAGUGAGCCUGGCAAGCAAUGAGACAGGAUGGGUACUUGCUUUUAGAAACAAGUGCGUCAGUCUAGAGGAUCUCAGUUUCCCUACUCAGUCACGGCUCACAGGAUCCAUUCAGAAGGACAAGUGCCAGGCAGAGUUGCUCUCUGUCCUGGAAACAGAAGGCAAAACUGCCCAUCUUGAAGUGAGAGCAGAGUGCAAGCCAAAGAUGGCUCUGGAAAUUCAGUUCAGGCAUGACCUCCCCCAGCUGAAGGAAAUCCCAAGGGAAAAUGAGCUGUCUAUCAGUGCACGGAAACACUUAAAGUAUCUUCUUGGAGUUGAAAUGAAAUUGGGUGCCUGUGAGCUUCAAAUGAAUGGGGACUUUGACCCUGAAAAGAACCUGCAGUGGAAAAUGCUUAUAGAAAACAAAUGCCAAACAAUUCAGGAUCUUGGAGCACCAAUGAAAAUUGAUGGCUCAGGCUACCUUUUGAUGGAUAAGAUGAACCUAGAUUCACAGACACUGAUCACUGUUGAUGAAAGUAAAUUCCGAGGACUCUUUAUACUAAAGGUCACUGAUGAAAGGCAAGAGCUGGAUGUGGUGCUAACCCAUAACAUCCAAGGAGCUGCUGACAUUGGCAUUCCCAUGAGGAUGUUACUUGAUGUGGUAUCAGAAAAAAGCAGUGACUUCUAUAAAGGAUUUAUUAAUUUUUGUGUGAACAACAAGCAAAUUACAGAAGAACUGAACUUUGUCCAGAAGUUGGAUAUUGUGUCUCUUAACUACAAACUUACUCAUAACAUAGACACAUUGAGGACUUUGCAAAUAAAAGACAGGAUUGAGUUGCAGAUAGAUGUGGUUUUUCAAGGGAGAAACACUACUCAAGAGAGAUAUGUGCACAUUACAGCUGGAGAAACAUCAAUCACAUACAUAAUAAACUCCUAUUAUGUUGGCCACCAAGUGGAUCUCUUCUGCCAGAGUGUGCACAGCAGUGAGGUACUCCAGGCAUCUGGCUACCCUAAGGCAAUCAACUUAAUUUUCAGUUUACAGAAAUCAGAAAACAAAGCCAAGACUGUCUGUGAAAUCCAAUAUGAUGAGAAAGAUAUAUCUGUGGCUGUGGAUGUUGACACAGACUUUGAACUCUUUGGUAUAUUUGUGUUUGUGGCAGAGGUGAAGCAUUCAAUAUCACUUCUCCAUCACCUGGGACUUCCCUUCUUUCUUAAGAUGACAGUUCAAGAAGUCAUGACUGAAAAUGAAACUGAAGGUGCUCUGAGGCUGACCUAUGAACAAAACAAAAACUUCUCCUUUUCCAUCAGUAGAAAAAAAGACCAGCAAGGUGAAGAGUUGAAUAUAAAAGCACUCCAGACUCAUCCCUUCUUUCUACAGUACUUCCCCUGUGCAGCACAACUGUCUUCUAAGGUAAAUUAUGAUAUGAGUGAAGCAAAAGGCAAACUCUACCUCAGGAUGGAAAAAAGGGAUUUCAAUGUUUCAGCAAAGCUAACUUUGACUGGAGGCAGCUACACUAAUGCCAUUGAAGUGGCACAGAGCAUGGCCCAGUUAAAAAUUCUUCCAAGGCAACUUGUGUUGAUGACAAUUUACCAAAAAGGCAACAGAACCCAUCUGCUGAGGCACAUUGCCCUGUGGGAUGGCAAAGAGAUAAAGCUAACAGGCACUUACACUGGACUCUUCCCAAAGCUGCCUGGAGGUCAUGGCAUUCAGGUGGAACUUCUCCAUCCUCUCUCCAUCCCUUUUCCACGGCAUGCCUGGGCAAACUUAUUUGUGAAACAUUCAGCACGCAGUCACCAGGAUGUUCUUACUGUCAUUUGGAAUGAGAAGGACAAGGUAUCAGUGUCAUCUUCUCUGAAGAUUGGAAGACACCGGACAAGCUACAGAGCCACUGUUGCCCACCCAUUUAAUUACACUCUGAAGCAACUGGAGGUGCAUUCCCUGUCAGAAAGAAGGGGCAGAAAGUACAACCAGCAGCUGCAGGUCUCAGGGAAUGCUGGGCAGCCUGCUCACCUCCGGCUGGGGCUGGAGGAUAAAUCCAACAUGGACAUCACUGCCUGGGGUGGCUGUGUGACACUCUCUGCAGGCCAGCUUCAGAGAAUAUUAAGCAUGGAACACCUGCAUGCAUGUGGGUCUCUAGAGCAAAGACCAACAUUGUUUAAUGAAUACCUAGAUCUGAACUGGGAUGACAAAAAAUUCAAACACAAUUUCACAUAUGAGAGAAAUCAACUCUUGUAUCCUGAUAAGUUUCAGUUAGAAGCUGUUCUGGAAAAUAUUUUCCUGACCCCAUGUGCCAAACAGCAGAUUCUGGGUAAAAUAGAAACAAACUACUACUCUUGCCUGGAUUACUAUACGAGCUUUGAGUUCUGUGACCUUCCAAAUGUAAUUGUUUUAUCUGGAAAGCACCAGCUCAACAAAGAUGACAUCAUUUUGCAGUCAGAGGGCAGAUUCCACCUUGCUGAUCAUGGGAGAGAUGAGGGGUUGAUUGGAAUAUCCAUAAAGAAUCAGAGCACUGUUGAUGUGAAGAACUAUUCUCUGGAAAUUGAAUUAAGAGCCUUUGAAGAUAUUUGGCUAGGCCUGACAGGAACUGCUGCUUCCUCAUCUGUCCAGAGCCAAGUCCUGGUGGAGGGGAUUAUUGACCAGAAAGAGAAAAUAAAAGUAGCUGCUUCCAAAGGAAAGGAGUGUUUUCAGUACUACAUGGGGUAUCUGCAAGGGGAGUUGGAAGAAGGAAUGGAAGUCAGUGCUUGUUCUGAUGGGAAACACAUGGCUGCCAUUAACACCUAUCUCAGCAUCAAUGGUAAAAGGCAGGAAAACGUGGGACAAGUAACUCUAGCAGCUGCUAAUGGAAGUUUGAGUUUUCUGGCGCAUGGAUGUGGAGAUCCAGUUCUUAAAGCUGAGAACAAGCUUAAUGAAAUUGGGAGCCUUUGGAAAGCCACACUGACUGAGAAGAUAAAGAAGUUUGAUGGAUACCUGUGGAGAUUCAGGAGAUCAGUGCAGCAUGUUGGUUUCCUGGCUGAAGCAGCUGGCUGGCCUUCAAUAGCCUUGCAAAGGGCAGCAGGAUUCCUGCAAAGUGGGGUUACAGCUGUCACCCAGGUGUGGAAGCAAAGUGGAAUUGGGUACAUUCUGAGAAGCAGGAUCCCACUUUACCUGGAGAAAAUUCAAGAUGUUGUCCAGCAAAUGCAGAAUGAAUUACAAAAGCCAUUAGCAACUUUGAAAGACGCCUACUACGAUGUAACCUUGAAGCCACUGGAUGAAGUCUGGAAAGAGAAGACAGAAGAGCACAUGAAGAAAAUCCAGGCUUUCUUACCCAAGAUUGUAAAAGAUGUGUGGCUAAUGGAACCAAUUCAGAUGGCAUUAAAGGUUGUGAAAGCAGGCUUGGAUAUGGCUACACAGCAGGUGCUCAGGUGGGCAGAGGCCACGUUUUCCAGAGCUGUGAGCAAGAUCCGGAAGCCCUUGCUGAACCUGUACAGUUUUUCACCCAGGAACUGUUCAGUGGCAGGAAAGCUGCCAGUACUACCUAAAGCAGACCUGUCCCUGCAGCUGGCAAAUGUUACCACUUACCUCAUUGGAGAAAAACUAAUGAGGCCUCUGCAAGACCUCUACAAUCUCAACAUACUUGCAGAGUACUAUAGAAUCAAACGGAGGAUGAUGGAGAGCCCCUUUGAAUAUCAUGCUAUGUUAGUGGGGACCAAACAUCUUGUGACUUUUGAUGGAAAAAUGUAUGAUUUGGCAUCUAAGUGCAGUGUGCUUCUUGCCAAGGAUUUUGUUCACAGUGCUUUCACUAUAAUAUUAAAUGAGGAAACCAGGAAUUCAAGGUCACUGUAUGUGGAGAUGAAUCAGACUGUGAUCACUAUCUACCCACGACUAAAGAUAUCCAAGAUGUAUAACUUCUCCUUCACGGAAGAGAACUGCCAAGUCCUGGAUCAAUCCCUUGAAAACAGUACCAUGAAUUCAAGGCAAGGAACCAACAAAAUAGAAGUAUCUGAUCAGAAAGGAGUUUCUGUCUCUUGUGACUUUCAGUAUGAUGUCUGUACUGUCACUCUGGCUGGGUGGCACCAUGGUGUUUCAGCUGGGCUUUUUGGUACCAAUGAUAAUGAAGCUGGAAACGAAUGGAUGGUGCCUAAUGGUUCCUUCACUGACAACGUGAAAGAGUUCACACAGAGCUGGCAGGUGAAUAAGUGCAGUCUUGUACAGAAGAAAGAGAAGCCAUGUCCAAUUACAGCUAAGCAAAACAUCUGCAAAGUGUUCUUUGAAGAACCACAUUCACUUCUUAGGAACUGCUUCAAAGUUGUGGAGCCCGAGCCAUUCUACACCAUGUGUACACAGGACACCUGUGACUCCCCAGCCUUGGGGGCUGCCUGCAGCUUAGCAGCAGCUUUUGUUCAUUUGUGCAACCGGAAUUUUGUCCCUGUGGAAAUCCCUCCACAGUGCUCGAGCCAGUUCUGAAUGGCAGACACCAGCCCUGAAGAUGGAAGAACCCCUUCAGUACCCAAAACAGAACAGUUAUUUUAGGUAGGCAAGCUAGAGGCCAUAACAGGGAGAGAACAGAAGUGUGGAUGCUUUAGUGUUAACUGUGAAUAUAGUGAAGCAUAUAUAGUAUAAAAGGAAAGCUUUCCACCCAGAACCCUUGAGGGCAAGAGGAAUUAUUUCAGUAUAUUGACGAGAAACUAUAAUCAACCAAAAGAAAUCAGAUGGGAAAGUAGCAGUUACUCUAAAAAAAUUCUCCCGUUCGGUGGCAAAAUUGCCUCUCCACAACUCUUGAACCAUAGCACAAAUACACGGAAAAGCUGAGAAAAGCUCUCUUCCAGCUCAGAGUAGUACAAGUGGACUACUUUGUGAAAGCAGCAUCAUCAGCUUAGAGUCAGCAGAGAUGCUGACUUCUUUUUUCUCCAGAAAUGAACUCCACUGUUCAGCGGUUCUGGAGAAAGUUAUCUGGGGAAGUGCUCCAAAACACAAGCAGGCUAAAAUAGAAAUAAGAUGGGUAAAUAAUGGAAAGCAGAUAGUAAUUUUCUCAUUUUUGUGCUGUUUGAUUUUUCCCUUAUUAAUGUCUACACUGGUAAAAGAGAAACAACCUUCUUGGUUUCUGUGCACCAGUUGCACAUUUUCCCUUUGUGUCUUUAGAAACCCCUUGCCAGCAGUCAGUUGAUGUGCUGAGAGAAGGUGACCAAUAUCUACCCUACCCAUGUGUUACAGCUACUGCUGUGUGAGUGUCUUGCCUGUUAAAUCCCUUUCUGUAUUGUAAGUCACUUGAUUUAAAAUUUGCAUUACCUUUCUCCACACAGUGCCUGGAAUGCAGCUAUUCCUUGGUAAAAGGUAAUGCUGCAAAUGCAAUGUUUGCAUGCAAACAUUGAAAUAAAGAUAUUUCAUACUAUGACAUCAUGCUAAUAAAUAUUUGACUGCCU